AUGCCUACCGUUCAUCUCCUAGACUACGUCGCCGGCAAUAUUCGGUCGCUUGUCAAUGCAUUGAAUAAGCUUGAUUGCCAGGUAGAAUGGAUAAAGACACCAGAAGAUGUCAAGAAAGCUGACAUCCUGAUUUUACCUGGUGUUGGUCAUUUCGGCCAUUGUAUGAGCCAGCUUGCAAGUGGCGGGUUCCUCGAACCUAUCAAGGAGCAUAUCAACUCUGGAAAGCCGUUCAUGGGGAUAUGUGUUGGCCUUCAGGCUUUGUUUGAAACAUCCGAAGAAGCUCCCGAUGUCAAAGGAUUAGGAUUGAUUCCCAUCUCGCUAAAGAAAUUUGAUUCUUCUAACAAGAGCGUUCCACACAUUGGCUGGAAUUCAGCCAUCUACAGUGAGAACAAAAGUUACUAUGGUCUAAACCCUCGCAGCAAAUAUUACUAUGUUCACUCAUAUGCUGCUCCUGUUGAUACCACUGCCAUUCAAGCUCACGGAUGGAAGAUCGCCACAGGCAAGUACCAGGAUGAAACUUUUAUCGGAGCUUUGGGUAAAGGAAACGUGUUUGCAACCCAGUUUCACCCAGAAAAGAGUGGACAAGCUGGGUUAAAAGUUCUUGAUGCAUUUUUAAAGGGCAAGGAGUUAGAAGAGUUGCCUGCAUCUGAUCUUACUUCUGCCCGGGACGGGCUCACGAGGAGAAUUAUUGCCUGUCUCGAUGUCCGGACCAACGAUGAUGGUGAUUUGGUAGUUACAAAGGGUGACCAGUACGAUGUAAGGGAAAAGUCUGGAGCCGAGGGGAAAGGACAAGUGAGAAAUCUAGGAAAGCCCGUCGACAUGGCGAAGAAAUAUUAUCAGGAGGGUGCGGAUGAAGUGACAUUCCUCAACAUCACAUCGUACAGAAACUGUCCCCUAGCGGAUGUGCCGAUGCUGGAAGUUCUACGUCAAACAUCAGAGACUGUCUUUGUACCCCUUACAAUUGGUGGCGGUAUUAGGGACACUACAGACACUGAUGGAACCGUUGUCUCUGCACUUGAUGUUGCAAAGAUGUACUUCAAAUCUGGUGCUGACAAAGUUAGCAUUGGGUCGGAUGCAGUGAUUGCCGCAGAAGAAUACUACGCCUCUGGAAAGAAGCUAACUGGGAAGACUGCUAUUGAAACAAUCUCAAACGCCUAUGGCAAGCAAGCUGUUGUUAUUAGCGUUGACCCUCGGCGUAUAUAUGUGUCGUCCCCAGAGGAUACCACUCACCACACUUUCGAGACAAAGUUCCCCAACGAACAAGGGCAGAAAUACUGCUGGUUCCAAUGUACCAUUAAAGGAGGCCGAGAAGGAAGAGACUUUGAUGUUAAACAGCUGAUUGAAGCAGUCGAAGCGAUGGGGGCUGGAGAGAUACUGUUGAACUGCAUCGAUAAAGAUGGAACUAACAGUGGAUUUGACCUUGAAUUGAUCAAUGAUGUCAAAGCGUUUACCACGAUUCCUGUGAUAGCUUCUAGUGGAGCCGGAAACCCUGGACAUUUUGCGGAGGUUUUUGAAAAGACAACUACCGACGCUGCCUUGGGAGCUGGGAUGUUCCACCGGGGCACUUAUACCGUAUCGGACGUGAAGAACCAUCUCCGCGACGGUGGCUUUUUGAUACGGGAGGUAGAGUGA